CGGCCCAGGCACGUACCUGCCGCCCGGUUCGUCCUUGCCCAAAACCCCCUAUUCGGGGCAGCCCCGGAAACCCGGAUCUACACCGAUGAUCCCAGUUACACUCGGAAAUCACCACAAUGUCUCUAGUUUUCAACAGGGUCUCUUUAAAUUCCACAAACAAGAGGAGAACACACAUAAAGGCAUUUGAAGAACCCCACAGAGUGCGCAUUAAUGCAGUGCACUCAUGUGCCGUGAGGGCGUAGCCAGCUGUGUUAGGGGAGGAGGGGAGAGGACGUCAUGUUGAGGAAACGAAACCUGAAGAACCCCGACAUGUGUGAUAAAUAACACGCAUUAAAUAGUCUUAAAGACAGAAAAAACAACAAGGAAUGGCUAACACUUCCUGGUCUGAGGAGAACUUUUCAUGUCCCAUCUGUCUGGAUGUGUUCAGCAGUCCAGUUUCCACACCAUGUGGACACAACUUCUGCAGAACCUGUAUUACUAAGUUCUGGGAUGAACAAGUCAAGUACAAAUGUCCAGUUUGCAACAAGAUUUUUGACAUAAGACCUGACCUACAGGUCAAUACCCUCUUAUCAGAGCUGGCUACUCCGUUUAGAAAGUCCUUACGAGCAAAAAAGCAGCGAUGUGUUGAACCAGGAGAAGUUCCCUGUGACGUCUGUAUUGGGACCCAGCUGAAGGCUGUAAAGUCCUGCCUAGUGUGUUUCACCUCAUACUGCCAAACCCACCUGGAGCCACAUCAGAGAGUAGCAGGCCUGAAGAAACAUCGGCUGGUCGAGCCUAUGGACCGUCUGGAAGACAGGAUGUGUAAGAAACACGACCGACUUCUGGAGCUCUUCUGCCAGACUGAACAGGUGUUUGUGUGUCAGUUCUGCACAGAGGGUGACCACAGGUCCCAUCCUGUUGUACCUCUAAAGGAGGAAUAUGAAGUGAAGAUGGCCCAGCUGGGGAAGAUAGAGGCUGAAGUUCAGCAGAUGAUCCAUAACAGAAUACGAAUUAUUCAGGGCAUUAAAGACACAGUAGAAUUAAGCAAAAAAGACUGCGAUAGAGAGAUAGCCGAUGGUUUGCUGGUCUUCACCACUCUGAAGCGCUGCAUUGGAAAAUGCCAGGAUGAUUUCCAUCGAGCGGUUAAAGAGAAACUCAAUUCCACAGAGAAACGAGCUGAAAACCUCAUCAAAGAGCUGGAGCAGGAAAUAAAUGACCUGACCAAUAGAAGCUCAGAAGUGAAGCAACUCUCACACAAUGAAGACCCCCUCCACUUCCUCCAGGCCUUCAGAUCCCUGAAGGAUCCUCCACCCACCAGGGACUGGACGACGGUGGAGGUCCGUCCUCCGUCAUACGUAGGGACCUUGAGGAGAUCACUGGAUAAGCUGGAAGAGACUCUGAACAUGGAGAUGAAGAAGCUGCGUGAUGCUGAACUGAAAAGGGUCCAGCAGUAUGAAGUAGAUGUGACUCUGGAUCCUGAUACAGCUUAUCCCAAGCUCAUCAUGUCUGAGGAUGGGAAACAAGUACAUUAUGGAGGUGUAAGGAAAAAACUCCUAACCAACCCUAAGAGAUUUACUCGGUAUACAUGUGUUCUCACAAGGCAGUGCUUCUCCUCAGGGAGAUUUUACUUUGAGGUCCAGGUUAAAGACAAGACUGAAUGGUGUUUAGGAGUGGCCAGAGAGUCCAUAGACAGAAAAGGUUGCAUCAUAUUCAGCCCUAAAACAGGUUACUGGACUCUUUACUUCAAAAAGGAUACGUUGUUAUUCGGUGAGGACCCUGAUAUCCGUCCGAGAGCUGAGCUCCAGAAGGUGGGGGUGUUUGUUGAUUAUGAUGAGGGUUUGGUCUCCUUCUAUGAUGUGGAAGCCAGGGUUCAUAUCUACUCUGCUACUGGCUGCACCUUUAGUGAGCCUCUCUAUCCAUUACUCUGUCCAUGUGAUCAUGAAUUUGAUAGAAACUCUGCCCCCCUGAUCAUCUCACCUGUCAAUCAAACAGAUUAAGGCCUUCGUUUGAUAAUAAAAUAAUCAAACAACCAAAACAACUAAAGUUUUUUUCCUGAAUUAGAAUCUCUACCAUGGGAGAUCUAAGAGAAUUGCAUUCAUAUCGUACUAUUCACUGUCAUUUAACAAGAGGAAAAAUAAUUAAGCAACUAACACUGUACUAUAAAAUAUAUAACCCAUUAUAAAGUGUUACACUAUAACGUUCAAUAUCUUUUUUUCUGAAGGAUUUUCAUGUUAGUCUUUUUUACUUGAUGGUGUAAGCGUAUAUAAGCUGAAAAUGUGGAAUGUUCAUUUCGAUCAAAUUAUCAAUCGUUUUUUUAAACCAAAUAGUUAUAUUUGUUCAAUCUUUUGAAUAAUUUUAUACUAACACAAUUCAAUGUUUGUGCACUUUUCAAAUUUAAAUAAAAAAUACCAAAAGUAGAA